AUGAGCCAAUAAUUAUGUUGUUGGAUUAUGAUAUAUAUUAUUAAUUAUGAAUUAAAGUAAUUAAAGUAUAGUGAAUAGACAUGGAUUUCAGUACAAAACAGGAAUAAAUUAUUAUUAAAUUGGAGUAGCAAUUCUAUACAUUGCACAUUACAUAAUAAUCUUAUUUCAAACCUUAGAUUAUGUAAAAAAUAAAUUCAAAUUUAUAAGAAUCAACUUUGGAUUUUGGUUACGAUUUUUUCAAUUUUCAUCUCGAUAUUUUGGUUUAUUACUACAAAAAUAGAUCCAACAGAUCCAGAGAUAUAUAUUUAAUAUAAACUUAAAGAGAAGAAGUAUUUAAAAAUGAUUAUUUUGAUAGAGUCAAAUAUGAAACUAAAUUGAAUUGUUAUUGUAAAGUUUGUCAAGCUUAUGUUCAAACUCCAUCGAAGCAUUGUAAAUAAUGUAAUAGAUGCACAGAACUUUUUGAUCAUCAUUGUGUAUGGUUAAAUAAUUGUAUAGGGUUAAGAAAUUAUAAAUAUUUCUUUAUAUUAAUAGUACUUAUAGAACUCUAUUUAAUUACUGUGCUAAUAAUUUCAAUAUUUAUUAAUAAUAUACUCAGUUAUGUAUAUAUGGGAGUAACUAUUAUGUUAAUGAUUCCCAUUAAAUUUUUACUGGUUAUGCAUAUAUAUUUUAGAUGCAAGAAUAUGACUACUUAUGAUUUUGUAUUAAGUAGAAGAAAAAUUGAGUAGAAAUCAUCUUCUGAAAAAUUAUAAGAAGGUACAUCGAAUCAAACAAAUUUACAAACAAAUAUCAUUUCUAGAAAUUAUUUACAAUAAACUCAUUUAAAUAUCUAAACAGCUGUUUCAAAACCAAAGGUAAUCAAAAAAGGAAUAGAUUGGGAAUAAGAGGAAGCAGAUGUUGAAGAAGGAGACAGUUAUCAUGCCAAAGAACCAUUACCCUUACCUAGCUAAAAAAGUAGUGCCAGAUAAAUAGAUUCUUAAUGCAAUUCAGGACAUAGAAGGACUUGUCCAAAUACUUAAAGGUAUAUAGUGUUAUUAAAUUUCAAGAGGUAACACUUCGACAAUAUAAUUAAAUGAUCAUAAACCAAUCAGAUCUUUAUUUAAUGUUAAAGAUUUCUAAUAGAUAAUUGAAAAUUAAUUAAUGAAUAAUGUGAAUGAAGGUUCCAUUAUUCAAUUUGAUUCAAAGCAUUCAUAAAAAACUGAUUAAAUUGAAAUCAAUAUAUGA